CAAGCCAAGGAAAUUCCAACGGGUUGUUAAGGUUUUACCUUUUUCACUUUGUCACAAAAUCCCUUUUUUCCUCCCCUUUCAUUUUGUCUAAUACUUUACUCCCUCCCCUAAAAAAAUUCCUGUUAAUUUGGAUCAAAAAAUACCCAUGCAGUUUGUGUGUGGUGACCUCUCCUUAUUUAAAGCAUCAGUGCUCACACAUUCCAUGUUAAGGUGGGAGGUGGAGUGUCAGUCUGCGCAGGGUUAACUCCCUGAGAAUCUCUGCUUCCUUCUGCAGACCUGUCCACGUAACAGCUUGGCUGCCCUCUGCUGCUUUUUUUCUCCUCUCGAAUAAAUGUUAUAAAUAGAGCUGUGUUCUAUGGACUGCAGUCCUUCUUCUCAAGCCAGAGUGAAUCUGUUUUCACACUACCCUCCUUUUCUCCCUGUCACCCUCUGGCCCGCUCUCUACCUUUCUGGGUCCUGCCUCUCAUUCUUGCCCUUUGGCUCGCCUUCUUUGCGUCGCCUCCUUGUAGAGCCAGACAUAUCCCUUCCCCAACGUCGUACCUCUCGAUUCUGGGGCUUCGGCUGCUGGUGUAUUCGGACAGAAGGACAGGUAUUGGGUGCAGCAUCAUGCAUGGUGCAGGAAUCCUGGCGUUGAUCUGCAUGCUGGGCCUUGGGCCCACAGCAGAGGGGGUGCCCAGCCAGUGCCCCAACGACUGCCACUGCCACGGUGAUCUGCAGCACGUCAUUUGCGAGAAUGUGGGGUUGACCAAGAUACCUCGCGUGUCGGCAGCCACGCGGCUCCUGAACCUUCAGCGAAACAACCUGGGUGUCUUGCCUGCCAACAUCUUUGUCGAUGCCAAAGGCCUAGUUUCGCUGCACCUGCAGCACUGCCAGCUCCGUGAGAUUUCUGGCCAGGCCUUCAAGGGUCUCAAGAAGCUCGUCUACCUCUACCUUUCUAACAACGAAAUCAGCAGCAUCAAGCCGGGUGCCUUUGAGGAUCUGACAGAGCUCACCUACCUCUACCUGGAUGGCAACAGCAUCAGUGAGUUGCCUAAAGGCAUCUUCUCGCCCAUGAUCAACCUCUUUGUCCUGCAGCUCAACAACAACCGGGUGAGGGAGCUGCGGGCAGGAACUUUUGCAGGUGCCACAGACCUGCGCUGGCUGCACAUGAGCGGUAACGAGUUAAGCUCACUGCAGCCUGGCUCCCUAGAUGAAGUUGAGAACCUUGCCAUACUGCACCUUGAUCACAACAAGCUGACCACCUACCCAAGCGCAGCCAUCAGCAAGCUACGUGUGGUGGAAGAGCUCACCUUCUCCAAGAAUCCAAUGAAGAACAUCCCGGACAACGCUUUCCAAAGCUUCGGCCGCUACAUGGAGAAGUUGCACCUGGACAACAUGGGCUUGGAGAAGUUCUCAGAUGGUGCCUUCACUGGAGUGAAGGCCCUCAAGUCUCUCUACCUAGACAACAACAAGCUAAAGUCUCUCCCCCGCAGCCUGGAUUUUGGCACCAUCCAGAAUCUCACACUGGCCAACAACCCCUGGAGCUGCAAUUGCCAGCUGGCCCCACUUCGCAAGUGGAUGGACUCCACCCGGCAGCAUCCUGAUGCCAUCUGCUCCUCUCCAUCCCAGCACAAGGGCAAGCAGAUUCGAGACAUAUCAAGUUUUGGCAACUGUAGGGUGAAGUCAAAAAGGGCCAAGAAGGGAGCACGCCACUGAAUGGGGGACAGCUGGAAGAGUCUAUCCAGGUGAGCGUCUAGGAGAAGGAAGAAAGGACACUACGCCAACCUUUACACCAAUG